CACUGUCAUUUACAUAUUCCUCUCUCUCACGCGCGCACACACCCCUGUUGUGCUCUGUUGUAUAUAUAAUGUUCUAACCAAUCUUCAACACUCACCUUUAUUUCCUCUUUGCUGCAAAUGUCUUCAACCUUCUCACCUCUAGUUGCUGUCUUUCUCCUCCUCUUUCUUCUCCGCUACACGUGUGAGGCACGUGAAGCAUUCGCCUGCGACCCUAAAAAUGCCGCCACCAAGAACUUACCGUUUUGCAAGGUCUCUGUGGCGAUAUCGGAGAGGGUGAAAGACCUUAUCGGGAGGUUGACGCUUGAGGAGAAGGUUAGGCUUCUGGUGAACAAUGCCGCGGCGGUUCCGCGGUUGGGGAUGAAAGGGUACGAGUGGUGGUCGGAGGCACUGCACGGCGUUUCAAAUGUGGGUCCUGGAGUCAAGUUUAAUGCAGAAUUCCCCGGCUCAACUAGUUUUCCCCAAGUCAUCACCACCGCUGCUUCCUUCAACGUUUCACUCUGGGAGUCAAUCGGACGGGUUGUAUCCGAUGAGGCAAGGGCCAUGUACAACGGUGGAACAGCAGGUCUCACCUAUUGGAGCCCAAAUGUUAACAUUUUCAGGGACCCAAGGUGGGGCCGCGGACAGGAAACUCCCGGUGAGGACCCUGUGCUAGCCGGUAUCUACGCUGCCAGUUACGUUAGAGGACUACAGGGAAACCACCCUAACCGGUUGAAGGUUGCAGCGUGUUGCAAACACUUCACGGCUUAUGACCUCGAUAAUUGGAACGGCAUGGAUCGCUUCCACUUCAAUGCACAGGUAAGUAAACAGGACAUAGAGGAUACAUUCGACGUGCCAUUCAGGAUGUGUGUGAGCGAAGGGAAAGUAGCGAGCGUGAUGUGUUCUUAUAAUCAAGUGAAUGGGGUUCCAACUUGUGCGGACCCCAACCUCCUCAAGAACACACUUCGUGGCCUGUGGCAACUAGACGGGUACAUUGUAUCAGACUGUGACUCUGUUGGGGUGUUUUAUAGUAAUCAACAUUAUGCCCACCCAGAAGAAGCUGCUGCUGAUGCCAUUAAAGCAGGUUUGGAUUUAGACUGUGGUCCCUUCCUGGCCGUGCACACGCAGGAUGCUGUGAAAAAAGGCUUGCUAAGCGAAGCUGACGUGGACGGGGCCCUGGUUAAUACACUAACGGUCCAGAUGAGGUUAGGGAUGUUUGAUGGAGAGCCAUCGGCCCAAGAAUAUGGUAAAUUGGGCCCAAAUGACGUGUGCAAACCGGCCCAUCAACAGCUAGCUCUUGAAGCUGCAACACAAGGAAUUGUCCUUCUUAAAAACACUGGCCCCGUUUUGCCUCUCUCCCAACACCGUCAUCGUACCGUGGCUGUCAUCGGGCCCAAUUCCAAGGCCACUGUUACAAUGAUUGGAAACUACGCUGGUAUUGCUUGUGGAUACACCAGCCCCUUACAAGGAAUAGGAAGAUAUGCCAGGACUAUUCAUCAGUUGGGUUGUGAAAACGUAGCUUGUAAGAAUGACAACCUUUUCGGGCCCGCUAUAAACGCAGCCCGUCAAGCGGAUGCAACCGUUCUAGUUAUGGGCCUGGACCAGUCCAUCGAAGCUGAAACAGUGGACAGGACUGGCUUGCUUUUGCCGGGGCGUCAACAAGACCUCGUUUCAAAAGUGGCAGCUGCCUCAAAGGGACCAACCAUUCUGGUCCUAAUGUCUGGUGGGCCUGUUGACAUCACUUUUGCGAAAAACAACCCUCGGAUCGUGGGCAUCCUCUGGGCCGGUUAUCCUGGCCAAGCGGGCGGUGCCGCCAUUGCAGAUAUAGUGUUUGGAACAUCUAGCCCAGGGGGAAAGCUUCCGAUGACGUGGUACCCAGAAGAAUACCUGAGAAAGUUGCCGAUGACGAAGAUGGCAAUGCGAGGAAGUGAAUCAGCAGGGUACCCAGGAAGAACGUAUAGGUUCUACAAGGGUGAAGUGGUGUAUCCAUUUGGGCACGGGCUAACUUACACUCACUUUGUUCACACACUGGCAAGUGCCCCCACAGUGGUGUCAGUUCCCGUGAACGGUCACCGGCGUUCGAAUGGCAGCGACAUUUCCAACAGAGCAAUCAGAGUGACGCAUGCGCGGUGCGACAACCUCUUCAUCACCCUUCAGGUGGACGUUAAAAACGUGGGGUCGAGAGAUGGGACACACACGUUGGUGGUGUUCUCUGCUCCACCUGCAGCUGGUGGGCAUUGGGCACUGGAGAAGCAACUCGUGGCCUUCCACAAAGUCCAUGUUCCUGCGAAGGCUCAACACAGAGUUGGAGUCCAUAUUCACGUCUGCAAGCUCCUGAGUAUAGUGGAUAAGUCUGGGAUCAGGAGAAUCCCGUUGGGCCUACACAGUUUUAACAUCGGUGACGUUAAACAUUCCGUCUCACUUCAAGCUGCAGCACUCGGGAUCAUCAAGUCCUGAUUUUUUACCUCAUUGAUUAUCUCUGCCCUUCAUGCCACGUACAUACAUUGAACCUUCCUUCUAAGGACCCAUCAUUAUUCAGAGACAAAUGUUGAUAAACAUGGACUCAAGACGAUACGUACGUGUUAGAUAUUAUUCAUCUAUCACACUCAAAUAACGCCGUAGGAUUCAUUCCAUUUUGAUGAGAGAUUAAGCAAAUCAACUCUACUCUCCACUUUUAGGAAUUUUACUUUUGUGUUACCGUGUUAUCAAUAGGAAUAGUUUUCUCUUUGUAAUUCUAAUUUCCCCCUCUUUGGUAAUAAUCAGAUCGAGUUCAUAAUCCGUAA